AUGGCGUUCAAUCCUGAUCGCUCUCUCCUUAACCCAAAAUUCGAGGGGUAUAAAUUGGAUCCUAUCUCUGAAGAAGAUGUCCUCGCUCAUCAUCCUCUCCCAUCCAAGCCAACCCAAGCUACAAUUUCUGGGAAAGUGCCGCUUUCUUUUCAGGAGGUACAAAGUCGCAUCCGACACAAUCACCUGUCCGUCUGUCCGAAUGCGAAUCAAGCUGUGUAUAUAGACAAUGAGAUGCGUGUUGUGUCUAUCAGUAUGGAUGGAGUGAUGCCCUCGUUUCGGGUCAUAUAUGAGCUUCCGGUGUCAAUGCAGACAUCAUUAUCGGAUGCGCAUCAGCGGGAGUAUCCAUCCGCUGCAUACCUGAACGCGGACACGCUGUUCGUCUCUGAUGGGCACGGGCUAUUGUUUAUAUUGGGUAUUUCGGCGCACGGACAAGGCGAGCUCCGUGGAACAUACCAGCUGCUCAAGGAUGUGUUCCCCACUGCAUCACCAUUUCGCAUCCACUCUUCUUCCCAGACAUCUGAAGACACAACUCUGGUUAUAUUAUCAAUGAAGCACUACGAAACAACAAAUGAUGAUGUACACGACCAACCGUCCGCCCACAAGCGAUCUCAUGCGAGAUUCGACGUACUUGCAGCUGCGUUCAAGCUUCCGUCCUUGGUAUCUCCCAGCGACGGGAUCCUUGCCCUAGACAUCGUCUGGUAUCGCCGCGGGGAAGAUGUACCUCUUUACACCGCAUACCAUGCGAAUCUAAAAACAUUCCUCCUUGUGGGCGGUUCGCCCUAUCAGCGUAUCGACACCACCCCUCAAAAUCCAUACGAGCCAUCUCCAGACGAGAUGGCCCCUAUUCCUCGUCAAGGCGAGAACCUCGACGAAUCCGAGACCCCAAACAUCCAAAAGCCUCCACCGUAUGCAUGGACGCAGGACUCCGAAGAGCUCACGGUCGCGUUUCCCUUACCUGCGACCACUCCCAAAUCGGCGUUCAACAUCUUGUUCUCUCCACAGACACUGACCGUUCUCGUGCGCGCCGAGAGCAUGGACCUCACACCUCUCCCUCGCUACUCCGCUGCGCGUCUCUGGGGCGGCAUCUCUCCCACCUCGAGCUUCUGGACAUGGGACGCACAGGGCACGAGCGUCUACGGUCUGCUCACCCUGCACCUCGAAAAACAGCACGCCGGCACGCGGUGGCCGCACGUGUUCGACACCGCUGCGGCCGCACAAAGCGCGGGCGCGGGCGCCACGGGCGACACCGCGGACGUACCGGAGACGCUCGACCCCUCCGAGCUAUACGCAAUCCGCGAGUCGCUCGAAAAGUACACCGCUGGGCUGCGGGAGGGGCGGGACGUCAGCGGGCUCGGGCUCGGGAGCGGGGUGCCGAGUCUCGCGGAGGGCGAGCUCGACGACGAGGCGGAUGCUGCGGUCGGGUUCCCGGCGUGUCUGACAUGGGUAAACGCGGAUGGGAGCGCGCCACCAUGGGCGCGCGAGAGCGAGGGCGAGGUCGUCAAUAUUCUGUCCACGCCUCUGCCGGGCGUCCAGGCCGUUGGGAUCUCGCUCGCCGUCAAGAGCACGGUCGACGGGCUCCUUUAUAGUCUCUUAGGGGGCGAGGACGGAGGGGCGCCUGGAUGGAAGCAUACGUCUACGCUCUCGGCGCUCGCUUUCGUGCUGGCUUCCAAGCGCGACACGCGCUUCAUCCAUCAUAUUUCCUCCAAAGCGGUACUGGCCUUCGAGGGUGGGAGCUCGGACUACAGUGGAAACCUGUACAUUUACCGUGUAAACAGUCCCAAAGAUACUUGGGCGAAGCAGGCGAUCCUCCACAUCGGAGGGGGUGCAGCGGGACCGUUGCUCGGCGUAGGUGCAAUGGAAAGAAGCCCCGGACAUCCAUUGAUUCUAUGUCUUUGUGAAAGCGAGAUGAUCGUGCUCCGUGCUACCUUAUGAUACAUCGCUUUGGGUGACGCCGCUCAAUUAUCAGAUACGACGAAUACGAGACAAGUGCGACAAUUGUUUUCCAUCUAACCUGUUUCCAUCAGACUAGCACGAAAUACUAAGUACAGUGGUAUGAAGGGUAGACCUUAAUAUGACAGUAACAAAUGCAACAACGAACACCCCGCGACAAUAAAUAGAACACAUGUGGUCGGCGCGAGGCCCAGAAAGAGGAAAUGGCGGGGGCCAUGAGUAGGAGGAGAUUCGAGACAUACUAAACAAAGACUGUAAGUUUCACAGAAAUCCAUCAUCAUUACCCCUUCAACGGGCUUUCGCUUGAAUCAAGGAAACCUUCCGCCUUGACGGCUGAACUAAAUGCAUCGCCUCCAGGAGCCGACUUCAGUUGUUCGGGUACUGCAGUGCCGUUCGGUUGGGUUCGGGUUUGGGGGAAGGCCCCACCCUGCGUAGGUGGCGAGUCUGAGAUCGUGGACCGAGGAGACUGAGUAUCGGCGGAUGAUGGUGAUAGAGGGGGAUUGUGUGCCCCACUGGCUUCGACUUCCGCGCGAUGUUGCUCUGCCUGGGACAAGUCGAUGACGCUGUCAAAUGGCUCCUUCAACUCGUCGUCGUCAACAUCUGCAUUGAUGUUGUCGUUGUCGCCAUCGUCGGCGUCGGCAUCUGCAUCGAUAUUGUUGGUGUCGUUGUCGCUGCCGCCCGCACCUUUCACCAUUUCAUCAUCGUCUCUUUCUAGUUCCUCCAGCUGCUGCUUCAAGCUCUUUGUCACACCUGAUGCCUCUGCCGCGCUCCAAUUAUCUCGCUCCAUC